GUUACAUUCAUGCAUGUGGGUGUGACUUGUAAUUCAUGUUUGCAUUUUAUAGUCAUUUUUCAAAUUCAUUUGUAACCAGUUAGCUGAACCUGCUGUUUUCUGUGUAAGUGUCCCGUGUGGGCUGUAGGAUUUGGUCAGUAGCCAGUCUUUUUUCAUAAAGCCAUUUUACAAACUCACAAUCGUCUCCUGACCCAUAAACUGCUGUUGCCGGUCACAGCCCCACUCACAGUCCUGCUGCCCGAGACAGCAGGACAGGCAGUCCCUUGUUGGGGUGGCUCAGUCAUCACCAUAAUGAUGGAGUCCAGCAGGCAGCAACUGCCCCGGUUCACUUACCAGUGACCACAUUCUUGGUGGGUCUUUUUCCACUGGAAGAAAAUAGGGUUUAACUUUUCCAAGGACAGUUAACCACCAAGUAUGACCUGCAGAUAAACACCAUCAGUGUAUUUCCCUCCAGAAUGAACUGCCGUUGAAAACAAAUGUCACAUUUUUAAAAUAAAAUCUGUUGUAAUCACACAGUAAUCUUACAGCCUUUCAAAACAAAGUUUUUAUCUUUUUAGCUUUAAUAUAGGAGUACAUUUGUAUUUUUAUAAUGAUUUUUACUGCCUUGAACUAAAAAUGAUUAGUUGCUGUUGUUGAUGUCUUGUGGUUUUCAGUUGCUGGAUGAUUCAUCCUUAGAUAAACUGUUACACAAUUAACAGUUUUUCCUCCUUAAUUUCAUACUGGUUUUUUAAUUAAAUAAUGCUCAUUAACAUCAGCAUUAGGUCUAAUGGGUGAUUUGUAAUGUGCCCAGUAAUUUUUGCCUAGCGUGAAAAGGUUCAGUUAAAGUUUGGGAUUAGGGUUUUGUGAUGAGGGUGAGGUCAGCCCGCACGGCGCCUCCUCUUCUGGGGGGCUUCUGUGCCAGCUGCUGGUCACGUGACUGGAGAAAACGCAGCAAGACGGAGAAGACGGGGUGUUUUCAGAGGGAAGCCUGACUUUUAGUUUUGGAGUUGUUUCCCAUCAAACUCAUGCACACACUAAUAUUUUAUUCUAGUUCUUUUCCUUGGGAAGUGAAGAAGAGCCAGCUUUCCUACCUGUUACUCCUAAACAAAUGGCAACAGAAACCUGGGACCCUCAGCCUGUUGAGUUUCAAGGGCAUCGAGUGCAAGGAUCAGCCACCAGCGCUGUGACGGUCCGAGGGUGCGGCUCCCAGCCGGCCUGUGGCCGGGCUCCGGGCUGCCUGGAGCAGCGUGGCCGCGGGGCAGGCACGUGCUUCCCAGCAGCAGGUCCUCCUGGCACUCGUCCGCAGGCUGCCUUCUUGAGGUUCCCAGAUGAAGAAAACUUUCCAAAAGGAGGUGAUAUCUUUAAUAUUAAAGACAAUUUUCAAGUGGUAGCUGAGUCUAAUGAGGACUCAAUUGCAAAUGAUCCAAUUUUAGAUUUUCUUCCUAAAGAUUCAGAACUCUCAUAUCAUUAUUUGGAUUAUAAUUUCAAAUCAGCAGAGAGGACUUCAUGGGAAGCAAAUAAGGUGAUGUCACCAGAGCAAAAGGUCUCAACAUUAAGCCCUGUGUCUACUUUUUCUUUGGACUUGCAAGGUGAAGACUUUGAUCUAGAAUUUUCUGAGGAGUCCCUGAAAGCCAGGACUUUACCAGAAAUGAAAAAAUUCAGUUCCCCAGAGAGUCAUGACCUUCCAAGGCACCCUGUAGUAAGUAGAACCUGCGUUCCCCUGGUCAUGGUGCCCGCAGCUCCAGGACCCCUGCCCGGCAGGUGUGCAGAGCCCAUGGUGGGUCCUCUACGCUCCAGGCCAGAGGACCAGAGUGAAGCCUCCUUGUGCCAGGCUUCCAGGGAAGUGACCUCUGGGGCUGCUUCACGUCUCCACGGAACGCCUGCACAAAGCAAGUGGCUGAAAUACCAGAACACAGCCCGGGGUAGCCUGCCCACUCCAAGCAGAGCUCAGCCGAGUGCCUCAGCCAGCUUUGCUGGGGCAGUUUGUGGGAUGCACCACGGUGCUGCCGAGGGGAACCUCCGUGCCGAGGAGGACAGUCUCCCGGGGGGAGACUCCACUCGCCUGCACGUGCUGAGCUGCGCGCUCCGCGGGCAGCAGCCAGGUGCUGGCCCCCAGGACUGUGUUUGCAGAAACAAAGCCCUUUCUCUGAGUUCAAAGCCGACUUCAGAGAUGGAGGAAGUCCAGAGCGAGUCGGGAGGCUCUGCGUUCUGCAGCCGCGGCGCGAUGCAUCCACAGGAGGUAGGUGUCUCUGAGCUGUGCUUCCCAAACUGGCAAAAAGUAAACUGCGCGUCUGUGCCCCGAAGGCAGACUCACAUACCGGCCGUGUUUCAGUCUCCCUCGCAUUACAAGCAGGUCUUUGCGUCCUGCCUCCGAGAGCAUCUGAAUAUAUUGCUUUUCGGGUUGGCACAGCGGCUGCACAAAGCUCUGUCAGCAGUUGACAUGUCGUUUUACACGUCAAGCGGAGAAAAACUGAAAACCGUAGAAAAUCGGGUGCCAUCCUGCCAUCACCGUCAACCAGCAAAACUUGUCAUGGUUCAAAAGGAAGGUCCAAACAAGGGCCGUCUUUUUUAUGCGUGUGAUGCACCCAAAGCUGACCGAUGUAAGUUUUUUAAGUGGCUUGAGGAAGUGAGCUCAGGACAUUCAACAAGGGAGGAGUCCCCGCCCGCCAUCGUGCUGAGGGACGUGAAGAGCAUUGGCUUGUACUUGCGAAGUCAGAAGGUGCCCCUCUAUGAGGAAUGCCAGCUUUUGGUGAGAAAAGGAUUUGAUUUUCAAAGGAAACAGCAUGGCAAACUAAAGAAGUUUACAACUAUAAAUCCUGAAUUUUAUAAUGAACCUAAAAGCAAACUUUAUCUUAAGCUGAGUCGGAAGGAAAGUUCUUCAACUUACAGCAAAGACGACCUGUGGGUGGUUUCCAAAACCCUGGACUUUGAGUUGGACACUUUCAUCGCGUGCAGUGCUUUCUUUGGGCCGUCGUCUGCCAACGAGGUGGAGCUGCUACCGUUGAAAGGCUACUUCCCCUCCCGCUGGCCCACGGACACGCUGGUCCACGCCCUGCUGGUGUGUAAUGCCAGCACGGAGCUGACCACCUUGAAAAACAUCCAGGACUACUUUAAUCCAGCCACGCUGCCUCUCACGCAGCACCUGUUAGCGAUGUCAUCGUCAACUGCAGUUAGCAACAAGAGAGUGGACAGAAGAAAGUUUAUCCCUCCAGCCUUCUCAAACACCAACACAAGUUGUGACCUGCCCAACCUAGAAGCCGCACUGCAGUUAGCUAACGAAUUAAUCAAGGCGCAUGAGUUAAACGAGGAUCAAGCUACAGCUCUCACCCAGAUAGCUCGAAUGGUGGUGUCUCGGGGAUGUGCCGAGGAAGAGAAAGGGCUACACACCUGCACCCUCCCCAUCACCAUCAUCCACGGUGUUUUUGGAGCAGGAAAGAGCUAUUUGUUGGCAGUGGUGAUUUUGUUUUUUGUGCAACUGUUUGAAAAGAAUGAAGCUCCUCCAGUUGGAAAUGCAAGACCAUGGAAACUUCUAGUUUCUUCUUCCACUAAUGUAGCUGUUGACAGAGUACUGCUUGGGCUUCUCAGUCUUGGAUUCGAAAAAUUUGUCAGAGUCGGGAGCAUUAGGAAGAUUGCCAAGCCAAUUUUACCUUAUAGCUUGCACGCUGGCUCAGGAAAUGCAGACGAGCAGCUGAGAGAACUGUAUGCGCUGAUGAAAGAAGACCUGACCCCUGUGGACAGAGUCCACGUGAGGAAGAGCAUCGAGCAGCAUAAGCUGGGUACCAACAGGACCCUGCUGAGGCAGGUCCGCGUGGUCGGAGCCACUUGUGCGGCCUGCCCUUUCCCGUGCAUGGACGGCCUCCGGUUCCCAGUGGUGGUGCUGGACGAGUGCAGCCAGAUGACCGAGCCCGCCUCGCUCCUGCCUGUCGCACGGUUUGCGUGUGAAAAGCUGAUUCUUGUUGGAGACCCCAAACAGCUUCCUCCCACCAUUCAGGGGUCUGACGCAGCUCAUGAACACGGAUUGGAACAGACCCUCUUCGACCGCCUGUGCUUAAUGGGCCACGAACCAGUUGUACUGAGAACCCAGUACCGAUGUCACCCUGCGAUCACUGCUGUGGCCAAUGACCUGUUUUACGGCGGGACCCUCAGGGACGGCGUGGCGGAGACCGAGCGGAGCCCGCUGCUGGGGUGGCUCCCCACCCUGUGCUUCUACAACGUGCAAGGCCAGGAGCAGAUUGAAGGAGGUAACAGCUUUCACAACGUGGCAGAAGCUGCCUUCACGCUGACACUGAUUCGAUCACUGGUUGCAGGAGGAGUGGCGGGCUCCGCGAUCGGGGUGAUAACGCUGUACAGAGCGCAGGUGUGCAAGCUGUGCCACCUGCUCAGGGCCGUGGCCUUGGACCAGCCCAGCCUGCGGGCCGUGCAGGUGUCCACGGUGGACGCCUUCCAGGGAGCGGAGAGGGAGGUCAUCAUCCUGUCCUGUGUGCGGACCAGACAGGUGGGCUUCAUCGACUCGGAAAGGAGGGUGAACGUGGCCUUGACCAGAGGGAGGAGGCACUUACUGAUUGUGGGGAACCUGGCCUGUCUGAGGAGAAACCGGCUGUGGGGCCGUGUGAUCCAGCACUGUGAAGGAAGGGACGGUGGCCUGCAGCACGCGAGCCAGUGUGAACCGCAGCUGAGCCAGCUCCUCAAAGGCUCCUCUGAAAACCGAGCCGCAGAGAAGCAGACGGGAAGGAGAGGGCAAGGCAGAUCCGAAGGUGCUUCUCGUUCACAAGAAGGCGCAGGGCCUUCGUACUCGUAGAAACUCAGGUUCAUUUCCCACUGGACACUUUUCGCAUUUUUAUGACCCCAAAACCCUAGUUAUCAAAAAGUGCUUCAUGGUAUUUAAACAGCAUUACACAAAUGCAUGUGAAAUUUGCUCUUCAAGACUAUACAUUACUUACGUUGAGACAAGCAGAUGCUGAAUGUAAUAAAAAAAUCUUACUAGUAAAAAUUAAGAAUUCUGCUAAGAACAGUUAUACAAGGGGCGGGGGGAAAGCCUUCGUGGCUUUUUAAAUGUUAUUUCAAAUUAAGUGAAGAUUUCUAAAGCUCACCCACUAGAACAUCCACGCAGUUACACCAAGAUAUUCCUUCUGAGUGACCGCUCUAUCAGAGUGUUUUAAAUCUUGUGCCCUGUCAUUUUGUAAGUGAGACAUAUUCACGAUAAAAAUUGUAACAAAUACAAAAAGAAGAAAAACACUGGAAAGCCACCCUGGAGACUCGGAGCCCGCGGCCAGGCCUGAGGGCUGUGGGCGUGACUGAGCGUGAACAGAGGGGCGGCCACCUUUGCUUUGUUUUCUUCUAGCUCUUUUCUUAUGUAUUUAUUUGCCCAGUAAUUAUUAGUAUAGAUGGUAUAUAAUGGAUUUAAAAUUUUUUA